AGCCUUUAUAUAGGGGCGGGGGGCGGCGGCGCCGCCGCAUUGCAGACGGGCGAGGGGGAAGUAUGGCGCCGGGGCUCUUCUGCCUCCUCGGGCUCCUGGCCGCUGCUGUGGCAAGCCCUGUUUUGUGGCAGAAGGACUGUGUGAAGGGUCCAGAGGUAUGGUGUCAGAGUAUUCGGACAGCAUCACAGUGCGGAGCGGUGAAACACUGCCAGCAGAAUGUCUGGAACAAGCCUACUGCAAACAGUAUUCCCUGUGACUUGUGUAAGGAACUUGUGACAGUGGUUGGCAAGGUUUUGAAGGAUAAUGGCACUGAGGAUGAGAUCCGCUCUUACUUGGAAAAGACAUGCGAGUUUCUUCCUGACCAAGACCUGGUCUCUGAGUGCAAAGAGAUUGUGGAUUCCUACCUACCAGUUAUCAUGGAUAUGAUCAAAGAAGAGCUAGAUAAACCUGAAGUUGUAUGUAGCGCCCUUGCACUGUGCCAGUCCCUUCAGAAGCACCUGGCAACAGUGAAACUUCAGAAACAACUCCAGUCCAAUAAGAUACCAGAGCUGGACUUCUCUGAACUGGCGUCCCCAUUCAUGGCUAAUGUGCCUCUUCUUCUUUACCCUCAGGACAAACCCAAGCAGAAGUCUAAGGGAAAUGGGGAGGUAUGCCAAGAUUGCAUUCAGCUAGUUACUGAUGUUCAGGAAGCUGUGAGGACAAACUCAUCUUUUGUAAAGUCUUUGGUUGCUCAUGCCAAGGAGGAGUGUGACCGUUUGGGACCUGGAAUGUCUGAUAUGUGCAAGAACUAUAUCUCUGAAUAUUCUGACUUGGCUAUCCAAAUGAUGAUGCACAUGAAGGAUCAGCAACCAAAGGACAUUUGUGCCAUGGUCGGGUUCUGUCCUUCUGUGAAAUCUGUUCCCCUUCAGACUCUGGUGCCAGCUCAGGUGGUUCAUGAAGUGAAAAUGGAAACUGUGGAGAAAGCCUCAGUUCAAGAGAAGUCUCUUUCUUUGUGUGAAAUAUGUGAGACCACAGUGAAAGAAGUGACUGGCCUUUUGGAGAGCAACAAGACAGAGGAGGAGAUUGUACGUGAAGUGAAGGUGGUCUGCUCCCUGUUCCCAGCAAGUGUCAAAGACCAGUGUAAGGACUUCAUAGAUGUCUAUGGCCAGGCUUUGAUUGACAUGCUCUUGGAGGCGACGAAUCCCGAGGCAGUGUGUGCUAUGCUGAAAUGCUGUGCAGCCAACAAACCUCCACAGCAGCCAGUUUUAGUGAAACCUGCAGAUGGCUUCUGUGAUAUCUGCAAGAUGGUGGUAGCGUAUGCAGACAAAGAACUAGAGAAGAAUGCCACAACAGCUGAAAUUGAAGCUUUACUGGAAAAAGUCUGUCACUUCCUGCCAGAGUCUGUCAGUGAUCAGUGUGUUCAGUUUGUGGAACAGUAUGAACCUGUGGUUGUGCAACUCCUGGCAGAGAUGAUGGAUCCCACUUUUGUUUGCACUAAACUCGGGGUCUGCGGAUCAGCUAAACAGCCUCUCUUGGGGAAUGAUGCUUGUGUCUGGGGUCCAGGCUACUGGUGUAAGAACAUGGAGACUGCUGCUCAGUGCAACGCUGUUGAUCACUGCAAACGUCAUGUGUGGAACUAGAAGAAGAAUUUCCAGUUCUGAAAGUUUGCCAUGGCUCUUAAAAAAUGUGGGCCAAGGUUGGUGGAGAGCUGUAUCUCAAAUGUUCCUCCUCUCUGCCUUGUUAACAAUUUGACCUUCAAGUUCCUUUAUUGUAACUCUUCUGUAGCAGUGCUGCUGUUGAAGGAUCAGAUCUUCAUUGUUGACUUAACAAAGAUAUUUCUGAUUGUACAGUUUAACUCAUUAUGCUCCUAAAAAUAGUCAGUGUGUUGUAGAUUUUUUAAUUGAUAGGCUGAAGUGGUUGUUUUAAGUGCUGGGAAGAAUGGCAGAGAAGGUGAAAUGAGACAAGACUAUUAUCUUUUAAUUUAAAAAAAGAACAAGAUAACAACUAAACUUUCAAAUGUCUUUCUGUAGUCAGCAUUGGGAAGAUUACAUGCUUUGCAUUUUUAACAUCUGGCUGGAAUAUUAAUUUUCUGUGUAACCAUAGGGGAACUCUAAGGGAUAAUGUUGAAUCUGGGAAUCCCUUUGGUUGGAAUUUUCAAAGCUCUACAGAUGCAGAGGAGUGGACUUAGUGCCCAGUAAAAUUCCAGAGUACACUGGUACCUAGAGAUGCAUUUGCAUUUGAGUGACUACAAGGCUCAUGGUGGUGUUAUAGCUAAGGAAACCCUCCCUCAACCUUUGAUCACGUCCUUUUUAUUUCCUUGGACUGUUUGGUCUAAGCAUGGGUGUUCUACUGUCAAGCCCUGUACAGUGAGAUUUCGGUCUUUAGAAGCAUGCUGAUAUACUUAUGGAAUGGCUCCCUCUGUUUUUUUUUUUUUUUUUUUUUUUUUAAUCCUAGUUGCUCAAUUCUGCUUAGUCUUGCAGCUUCCUACAUGCAACGAGCUGGGUGCCAAGGAGGUGGAGCGAGUUGGCUUGGUAAAAAAUGGAGGGGAAAAAAGUCAGCUGGGGGCCGUGCAUAUGUCAAAGCGAGUUCAGCAGAGAGGGCAGAAUGCAUGGAAAAAUGUUUUUUAUCCCAAACUGCUGGUUUGUUCCUUGAUCUUUUUCUUCUCUCGACAUAUUUCAGUCAUCUAAAACUUCAGAGGCGCCAUGAGGCUCGGGGGGAGUUUCUGUUGCUGCCUUGCGUUCUCACUGACACUCAUCCUUCUGAGUAGAUUCCCCCCCCCCCCCCCCCCCCCAGAAUUCCCAUUUCUGUUGGGAAAUGGGUUUGAGCAGCGUGCUGAGAUGGCAGAUGGUAAGAGCACUGCAGUAGGUAUUUGGCAGCUCUGCUGGGGUACCUGACAACUCUGCAGCGUCCCACUGAAACGGCCUGAACUCCCGAAGGAGAGCCAGAAAAGGCAGGCUGCUACCCUGGAAACAAGUCAGGCCCUCGAGGUGCAGGGGCCUCGAGCACGAGAGUCAUGCUUACUUUGCUUGAGAGGGACCUUGCAUCCCCUACCAGCAUUUAGUGUGUAGUUCUGAUCGAAUUAACCCCUAAAAUGGAGGCACCAAAGUAGCUCAGAGGAGCCCUUCGGGAAGGAGGAGCUGGGCAGAGGUGGAGCUUUGAAAAUUCCAGUCCUGUUCAGAAAGGUGCCGGCAACUGCUAGUGUUCCUGUGAUGCCUUGGGUGAGGCAGGAGCUCUAGUAACCAGGCUUUAGCAGCAAGCAAAGUAAUUUUCAUGCAGUUUAAUGAAAAACCACUCGACUGCAGCUUUUUAGUUAUUACGUGUACAUACUAAAUGUCUGGGCAGUGUUGACAGCAAUACUAGUUUGUCUUUCCUUGUUUGCAUUUGUACAGAACGCUGAAGCACUCACAGCUUUAGAAAAAAAAAAAAUUUCUCCUAAAGAUGUAAAAUACCUGCAGCUUUGUCUUGAUGGGCUUGUGCAGUGGUUCCAGCGAUGUGUCCCAGUUGGAGUAGAUAUGCCAGAUAGGAAAUGGGCUUUUCAGCUUGGCUGCCCUGGAGUUACAGGUUGUGUUACACCAUGGCAUGCAGUAUGGUAUUUGAUUUUUUUUUUUUUUUUUUUAAAACUGGAUGGCGUUCUCUCAACAUGAACUAUUUUGAGGCGGGGGUGGGGGGGGGGGAAGUGGGGGAUGGAUUGACACUUUCUCUUACAGAUUGGCAAGGUUUUAAUUUUCUUGGGUUUUUAGCCGUGAAGGAUUGAUGUUAGGGACCUGUUGGGUGAGGAACUGGGGGAAAUCCUGUGCUAGGGCUGGGCAGUUUCCUCCCUGUGGACUGUGGCACCUGACCCGCUUGAGUUACCCUGGGGAGGGGGGGGACACACAUGCAGCUGCUUUCUAAAGAACAUCGUCUUGAUUUUUGCACAAAAGCUUCCUUAAUGAACAAUAAAAACUUCUGUAAACGGUAA